CCAUUUUACCCCAGUGAUGUUUUAUUCCGCAAUCCUGCCCCUUGUUCUAGAUUUCAUACUGAGGAAACCGUCCCGUCCAAAGAUUAUCUGAUCCGUCCCGUCCCUCCCUUCAAACACCUUCCCCUCCGCCCAGAGCUGCCCGGACAUGUCCCUGCUGUUGUGCGAAUGACAGGGAACCCGAGUGAGUCAGCGGGCGUAGUCUCGGCGGCGGCUGAUAAACGAGCGGCCGGUGAUCCGCGCUGGGCACAUGCUCCGGGAGUGCGACAGGGUCCUGCAGUAAGAUUCGGCAAAGCAACUGUGAGUGAGAUGGCAUCUCCUCAGGUUAGAGAAAAUGGAGCUGAAGAUGCAAUGCAGAGGGAGUCUGGAGCUGAGAUGCCCAGUGGUGGACAGGAUGGCCCUCAGCAGACCACAGAGGAGACCCUGGUGUUCUUUGACUUGGAAACCACAGGCCUAGAAAAUGAUUGUGACAUUGUGCAGUUGUCGGCAGUGAGUGGCGAGAAGAUCUUUAACAAGUACAUCUUGCCUAGUAAGCCCAUCUCGGAAGGUGCGUUUGCCAUUAAUGGAUUUCAAGUCUUGGACGGGGUCCUAUACCUUCGAGGGGAACCUCAGCAGGCCAGCAGCCUUCAGGACACCUUGGAAGCUUUCCUCCACUUCCUGCAGUCUCUGCCCUCACCUCUGAUAAUAGGGCAUAACAUCAGGAAGUUUGAUGCUCCUAUACUUUUACGAGGUCUGCAAGAGCUCUCCAUGAAAGAUCAGUUUGACAGUUGUAUAACUGGAUUCUUAGAUACUCUCUUGCUCACCAAAGUUGUUGUUCCCAGGUCAGAGGUCAAUAGUUAUAAGCAAAUUGAAUUAGUGAAAGUGUUUCUUAAGAAAGGUUAUAACGCUCACAAUGCUGUGGAAGAUGCAAAAAGUUUGCAGGAGCUGUAUUCUGUCCUAAAAUUUACUCCAGAACAAAAGAAGAGCAGUCAGUUUUCAUUCUCCCAGCUUGAAUGCCAAGUGUCUUUGCGGCCCUUACUCAAAGAAAAAAUAAUUUCCUCUCAGUUAGCUGAUAAACUUGCAAUGCAAGGAGUAAGCUUCGAGAAGCUGCAAUCAACACAUCAACAAGAUGGGGAGGAAGGGCUGAAGAACUUCCUCCGGUCUCUGGGUCACAUGGAACCCAGUUACACCAGGCUCUCGAGGUUUUUUAUUAAGUGAAGAGCGCAGUUGUAUUGAACCUUUGAAGUUGAUUGGUAUAACUCAGUAACAGAGACUGUGUAUUCCUCUCAAUGUGCACGAUCCGCUUCCUUCUAGCUGAAUUGCCCUCUGCAGCUAUUUUUUACCUAAUUACCCUUAAAGCACAAUAACAAGCUGCUGGAGAAACUCAGUGGGUCAGGCAGAAUCACGUUCCCACCACAGAUGCUGCUUGACAGUUGAGUUCCUCCCGCAGUUUUCUGCUCAAGAUUCCAGCACCUGUAGUCUCUCGUGUUAUUCGUAAUAAUGUAUUUUCUAUCUAUAUGAAAUGAAAAUGUAACUAUGUGGAUCUUAAAUAAAUAAUAUUUUAUAA